UUAAUCUAAGGGGUGGUCAACACAUUCUUCUCUGAAAGACUGAAGCUACUUGCCAACCUGCAGUGAUGAGGGGUAUCGUGCUGAUCUGUGCUCCACUGUGUUUGCUCCUUUGCUGGAUGCUGCCUGUAGGCUCCAAGAAGAUCAGUUUUAUCAUCAAUCUACCAAAGAGAAACUCGGACAUCCAAAUGAGCAUGGCUGAAGAUGCUGUUGAUGACAUGUACUUUGGCUGCAGCAAAAGGAUGGCGCAAAAGGUCAAGGACAACUACUUCAAAGACGAGAGCAAAGGAAUAUUUGAAAAAGUCUGGAAAGCUUCAGAAAAAUGUGCAUACCAUAAUCUCCAACAUAGAAACAAAGGGGAUGAGGGUUUAACUAAGGAUCACAUGCAAGCAAUCUGUGCUUAUACAUCUGGUUAUCUAAGGUUUCAUGCAAUGUUCAAUGAUGCAGUUCAGACUAACAGAACAGACUAUGGCACCUCCUUUCCCUUUCACUCUCUACAGUUCUGGCUGACAUCUGCUAUAAAGAUCCUCAGUAAAAAUAAAGACUGUCACAUUACAUACCGCAGAACAAAUGCUGUUUAUGCUGGCGAUGUCAACCAAAUAAUUCGAUUUGGUUUCUUUGCCUCAAGCUCUUACAAAUCAGACCUAACCCAUUUUGGUAAGAAGACUUGCUUUAAAAUUAAAACCUGUUCAGGUGCUUCCCUGAAAAACUACCCAUAUCUUAAAGAUCAUGAGCAAGAGGUGAUCAUCCCUCCCUAUGAGAAGUUCAGGAUAACUAAAAAAAUAGAGAAUAAAUCUGCAAGAGAUCUGAGGGACUGUGAGGUUGUGUAUAACCUAGAAAAUGCAGGGCUUCAAAGCAAUCUCGACUGCCAUGCUGCAUACUAAACGACAGACCAGUCAUGAAGAAAGUGAAGCUGUUUUUCUUCAACUGGUGGAGCAAAGUGGAAACUAAGUUGAGAGUUUAGUGUUGUUAAGCAAACACCCCACAAUUGUUCCAAGAUCAUUACAAUAUGUCAGUUCAUUCUCAACCCCUAAAUCAGCCUCGGGGGUUCUCUAUUGCAGAU